AUGGAGUGGCCAGAGUUUACGAACCCGUUCGUCGGUAUAAAACCUCCGCCGGGCGUUCAUGUUCCCGAGCGCGAGGAGCUUCUAGGUAGCAUCUGUGCAGAGAGGUCGCCUCGUUCCGGUUUUGCAUACCCACCGGAAGCGCCCACAUUCUGGAUCAAGUACGGCUUUGCAGUAUAUUGGAAUGAGUACAUUCCAGGAAAGACUGCCACACAGUGCUUGGAGGAAACUCAAGAUGAGGCAGAAAAAGAAACGAUCUAUCGGUCCAUGGCCUUCGCAGUUAGUGAGCUUCACCGUAUCCCCAUCCCUGAGUCCCGGCGACGGCUAGCUGUCAUCUCUGGGGAGAGGUUUCGCCAUAAUAUUUUCGAAUCUCAUCUACUAGCUACCCGUCACUACGAGAACACGGAGCAAUUCCAAAAUCAUAUUAAUACGUUCCUAAGAUUAACCAAACGAGAGAAUCGAGUUCAUGGCCUCCAUCAAGAGCCGAUGGUUUUCUGCCAGGCAGAUAUAUACCAUGGCAACUAUAUGAUCGAUGCUGAUAACCGGGUAACGGCCAUUGACUUCGAUCUUUCGAGCAUCGUUCCGUCUAGCUUGGCAAAAUUCUCUGCGCGCUUUCACAAUCUCGGCGUUGACAUUAGUCAGUGGGUGGACGUCCCAGCCACUGAAGGGAUCGACAACACUGAGGCGCUGUUGGUGGCAUAUGGCCCCAUGACCAUGGGAUCGAGUUCGUUCUAUAGAGUCGGUAAGAGGACUCGUGGCGGAGAUGAUGAGACUCAGAACAGAAUCAACCAGGCUUUGCAACACGAGGUGAGGGAUUAUCCUAGGUCUUGGGGGCCAACGAUGGGUGAAGUUAUUGCCGCGCAGGAGGCAAACGACAAGCUAGGUGUGGAAGUGGAUCCUUCCGUGCGACGUUACACAGCUGAGGAGAUCAAAGAAAUCAAGGGCUUUGGCUGGGGCAAGCCCAAGCCCCGCAUACUCCGCAAGCUCGUCGAGGAUGACCUACCCUAA